UGGUUUCUGUAACUCGAAACUCUCCAAAACCCUAGCCUUUAGCUCCUUGGCAAGUGCCGACGGAAGGUACCUAUCAGAAGAUUUAACUGAAAAUUCAAAUCCUAAAUCGAAUGGGGAAGAGAAAGGAACGUCGUCUUGCUGCUUUAAGCAACGCUGGUCGCAGAGUCAAACUCGAUCUCUUUGCGGAACCCUCUGGAGAUUUGGGUGGCUCCAGUGUACAUGAUGGUGCAGGAGAUACUGAUUCAAAAAAUCGUGAUGGGUUACCCAAUUCACACCUCUUCUUCAGGUCAACAAUCACAGAAUCCCCUCUUGCUGCUUGGGCAAUACAGUGAUGAAGAAGUGGAUGAGGGAUCAAGUAAAGAGGAUAAUGAUGCUAAGGAUCAGAGCUCCAUCUUGAAUGAAGAGGCUAAGGUUUCACCUGAAGAAGGACCCCAAGAUUUCGACAUCAAUGUUUCUGAAGAUCAUAUUGCUCAGACCGAUGGUCCACAGGGAUUAUCACAAGAUUCUACUUUUGAAGUUGAGGGCUGCAAUAAAAUGGAAGGUGAUGAUGCUGCUGGUGGUUUGGAAAAGGAAAUGCUCUCCAAAGAACAAACGUCUGUUUUUGGGAUUUCCAAUGAACAAGUUACUGCUGACGUUAGUAUGGGGUGGAAAAUGGUAUUGCAUGAGGAGAGCAAACGCUAUUAUUACUGGAAUGUUGUAACUGGAGAAACUUCCUGGGAGUGCCGCAUGGUUUGUCUCAGGCAGCUGAGCUGGUCUGUGACCAGACAACUCUUGCUUCUGUCAAUAAUAACUUUCAGAGUGCAGCUGUUGGUGUAGAUAAUUCAAAAACAUCCU